AUUCUUUCUGUUCAUACCUUCUUUUUUUUCUAUCUUGGUGCGUUAGCCUCGGGAAUCCUGGAGCUCGUUUUUCCCAGCUACCCUGAACGCAGCAGCAGAUUGGGAGCUUUGUGAUCUCCUCGUGCCUUCAGUCUUUCAGUCGGAGCGGAGAGCUGCUGGACUUAUGGACCAGGACCAGACCAGGACCGGAAUGGAGAAACAGAACCAGGACCUGAGCCCGUCCACCGGGACCAAAGCAGGACCGUCCUCUGGUCCCUCCGGUCUACAGGAACAGGAAGGAAGGAACGGAGUGAAGCAUCACGGUUGUCAGCACUGUGGAAAAAGCUUCAAGUCAUCCAGCAGUCUGAAAGCACAUCAGAUCGUUCACAGUGAGGAGAGACCCUACAGCUGUGGAGAGUGUGGAGCAACUUUCAAACUCCGAAAUACCCUCAAACUCCACCAACGUAUUCACACUGGAGAGAGACCCUACAGCUGUGGAGAGUGUGGAGCAGCCUUCAUCAUGUCCAGUAGCCUGAGAAAUCACCAGAGAAUUCACACGGGAGAGAAACCAUACAGAUGUGAUGAAUGUGGGAAAGACUUCAACCAAUCAAGUGCUCUGAGGACCCAUAAACGCACCCACACGGGAGAGAAGCCUUAUAGGUGUGACCACUGUGGAAAAUCUUUCGCACAUUUAGGGAGUCUAACGAGCCACAUGAAUCUUCACACUGGAGAGAAACGAUUCUGCUGUGAACACUGUGGGAAAACGUUUACUACAGCGAGAGCUCUGAUAAAACACGAGCGUGUUCACACCGGUUAUAAAUGUGACCGAUGUGGAGACGUUCUCAGCUCUGCUCUCGAUUUAACCAAUCACAGACGUGUUCACAAGUGGAGAGAUGCAGUGAAGUCCACUGCAAACAAAGCUUUUAAUGCUGGAAGGAACCUGGACCAGUAGGUACAGUGUGGACAGACUCAGAAACCUCAAGAAAACUGCGUCCUGAGCUGCUUCAUCCAUCUGCAGCAGUGUAGGAGGAGGUGAUGCUGUAACCAUGGUGACCAAUAAGAGCUUGUGGCUGUAAUGCUGAUUGGUUCCCUUUCAUUUAGAAAACAGGAGCUUUUAUUCCCCUUUAACUUGUCCUGAGGUCCAGGUUCAUGUUGGCUCAUGAUGUGAAGGUUUACAGGUGCUCAAGAAUCCAGCCACAUUCUUCUGUUUGUCUUGAGAUGAAAUUGUUUUAUGCUUCAGGUUUGCUGACUUCUGAACUUGUUUCUCCUGGAAAAGCAAGCGGCCUACAGAAAGAGUUGGUAAAAUGUGGAAAGUCUUAACUUGACAGAAUGAAAAACACCAUUGUGUUGUGACCAGUGAUGGAGUACCGGCGUUAAAAUAAAGGACCUUACUUUUCCAGUAACGGUAAUCUAACUAACGACUCUUUCCAUGGUUACACCGUUACCGAGGAUAAAACGGUACCGACUGCGCGUUACUAUCGUAAGAUAAGAUUAGUUUCUGUUUUGGGUGGACAGAAGUUUCUCCUCUGCUGGGACUAUUUUGUGCUGCUGCUACAGUGGAGAGGAGGUGGAAGGAUACGCUUGAACCUGGAGAAUAAAUUCCGUGUUUGAGUGGAAGAGUUGCCGUCUUGUGUUGUGAGCAGGUGCAAACUAAGAAUAAAGCAGCAUCAUAUGUUCCAGCCGGAGCCCCCGUGGUCACGGAGGACAGGCCCGCAGGCCAAGAUCGGCAGCCGCCAACCCGACCGGCACCGGCCAUGCAGGGCGGCCAGAGUGAAAGGUCCGGGCCUUACUCUGGUUCCUGGGGCGGGAUGGGCUUUGUUUUUCAGCUGUUCUUAUGUCUGACAUUUUUAUUUGUUUUUCUUUUUGUAUCUUGAUUUUACUCGUGUUCAGAACUUUGUUCAGCUGUGGUUGUUUUUAAGUGCUUUAUAAAUAAAGUUGCUAUGGUAAUACUGUG